AUGGCCUCGGAGGCGGAUUCAGAAACAGAGAAAAAACCUUUAUCAAAGAAGAAACAACGCAAGAUGAACCGUUUGACCGUUGCCGAACUCAAGCAACUCGUCAAGAAACCAGAAGUCGUUGAGUGGACCGAUGUCACUGCUGCAGAUCCACGUCUCCUUUUACAUCUCAAAAGCUAUCGAAACACAGUCCCCAUACCAAUACAUUGGAGCGCUAAACGUGACUAUCUUCAAGGGAAACGUGGGAUCGAAAAGCCACCUUUCCAGUUACCGUCUUACAUUGCCGAUACUGGAAUUGCCACGAUGCGGGACGCGGUGAAAGAAAAGGAAGCCAACAUGUCACUCAAAGCUAAAACUAGAGAGCGUGUCCAGCCCAAGAUGGGAAAAGUGGACAUCGACUACCAGAAACUCCAUGACGCAUUCUUCAAAUUCCAGACAAAACCACCUGUAACAGGCUUCGGGGAAAUGUAUUACGAGGGCAAGGAGUUUGAGACCUCCUUAAAGGAAAAACGGCCCGGAGAUCUCUCACCGGAACUCGUCGAAGCUUUGUCCAUACCGCCACUCGCUCCACCCCCGUGGUUAAUUAGCAUGCAACGUUUUGGACCUCCUCCAAGCUAUCCGACAUUACGGAUACCGGGUCUCAACUCGCCUAUACCCGAGGGAGCCCAGUGGGGCUUCCAUCCUGGCGGCUGGGGAAAACCUCCUCUCGAUGAGUAUAACCGGCCUUUAUACGGCGACGUUUUUGGCGUCCUGCCAAAAGCAGGAGAUGGAGAAAUGGGCGAACCCAUAGACAAGGAACUUUGGGGCGAGCUUGAACCCGAGGAGGAGGAAGAAGAGUCGGAAAGCGAGGAAGAAUCUGAAGAGGAAGAGGUCGAACCUGCACCGAUCGAUGGCGUUCAAACUCCUUCUGGACUCGAAACACCCUCUGGGAUGGCUAGUGUGGUCUCAACUAUUGCUGGCGGGCUGGAAACCCCCGACUUUUUGGAACUCAGGAAGAAUACUGCUCGAGCACCUUCAGAGGCUGUUGAGUCGAAUGGUCCCCGAUCAUUGUAUCAAGUUGUACCCGAGAAGCAAACCUCGGUUCGAGGUUUGAUGGGAAGUGAACGCGGCUACGACGUCUCUGCAGUCGCGAGUGCUCCUAUACCGGUUCUUGGCGAUGACCGUGGCACUAAACGUAAGAACAGUGUGGACGUUUCCAUCGACGCUGAACAGCUGGAAGGCAUGUCGGAAGAAGACCUCCGGAGGAAAUAUGACGCCAACUCCCGAAAUACUGUAAACGUUCCUGGUUCCAAGGAGGACUUUUCUGAUAUGGUUGCGGAGAACACAAAAAAGAGGCUAAAGAUGGAGAAAGAGAGGGGGCGUGAUAAGAAGACGAAAGAAUUCAAAUUCUAG